AUGUCAGCUAAAACAGCUAAGAAGACUGCUAGUAUUGGUCCUUCCAAAUCUUGGAGCAAGGUUGAUAUGAAGAAGAUGAAGGUUAGAGAAGUUUCCGAGUCUGAAGAAGAUGUUGAGGAAGAUGUCCCUGACAUCUCCCCUGUGAAGAGGACCACUAUGAGGAAGUCCCAUGUGAAUGUUGCUGUUGUGCAUUUGGAUAAUAUCUCUUUCCAUCUUGAAGAUGGAGUUGCCAAAUGGAGGUUUGUGAUUCAAAGAAGGGUGGCUGUAGAGAGGGAGUUAGGAAAGGAUGUUGUUGAAGUCAAAGAGGUCAUGGACCUAAUAAAGACUGUUGGGUUGGUGAAGACUGUGGCUGGGUUAUCUCAGUGCUAUGAGGGUUUGGUUAAGGAAUUCAUUGUUAACAUUCCUGAGGAUAUUGCUGAUAAGAACAACAAGGAAUUUUGCAAAGUAUUUGUGAGAGGAAGAAGAGUUAAGGGUGCAGGUGAAUUGGAAGCUACAGACAAUGAGGUCUGUAGAGAAAUUACAGCAAGGCAGGUGAAAGGGUGGCCUAUUAAAAAACAUCUUCCUGCUGGGAAGUUGACUGUCAAAUUUAUGUUUGAACAAAUUAUCAAGCAUGCAUCUACUAAUUCAAUGAAGCUGCCUAUAGCCUUUCCCUCUAUGAAUUAUGGGAUUAUCCUGAGUCAACACCCUGGGAUUCUGAGUUCUAAUGACUUACCAAGUAUAAGAAACCAUGCUCUAUCAGUGCACUAUAAACUGUUUGAAGGCAGUCAUGUCGAAUACAUUGUCAUGACAUCUGCUAUGAAAAAACCAGCCUCAAAAGUUGAAAUUAUUACUGAGCUGAAGGAGAUGUGUAAAGAGCUGGGUGAAGGGAUAAGGGAAGCUGAAGCCCACACCUCUAAUGAGAGGUCUGCAAUUAAUGAUGAGAUAAGUGGCAAUUUUGUUUCUGAUGCUGAUGAAGCUAUAAGCUCAAGCUCCUCUGAUUAG